UGUGACACAUCUCCUUUUAAACGAACUCAGGGCUCACCAAAGCCUCGCCUUCUAUUCGUUGGCGUGAUGACGGCGGAGAAGUAUCUGUCUACACGAGCUCUCGCAAUCCAGCGCACUUGGGGCAAAGCCUUGAGCGGAAGGCUCGCUUUCUUCUCAAGCGGCUCGUCACAUUGGGACGGCGAGGAGAAACUACCUUUGGUCGCUCUCCGCGGCGUUGAUGAUUCGUAUCCGCCGCAGAAGAAGUCCUUUCUCAUGCUUAAGUACAUGCACGAUCACUAUAUCGACCAGUACGAAUGGUUCAUGCGCUGCGACGAUGACGUUUACGUGCACGUCGAAAGACUAGAGCGCUUCCUCCGCUCUGUUAAUUCAAGCAAGCCACAGUACAUUGGUCAAGCUGGUCUAGGAAACAAAGAAGAAUUUGGCCAGUUGAGCCUUGAACCCGAUGAGAACUUUUGCAUGGGUGGACCUGGUGUGCUUUUCAGUAGGGACCUUCGACGUCUUGUUCCACACAUCUCAACCUGCCUGAAGCAUCUUUAUUCAACCCGAGAUGUUGAAGUUGGCCGUUGUGUCAGACGUCACGUUGGCAUCCCUUGCACUUGGUCUUACGAAAUGCAAACAAUUUUUUAUCACAACUUUUUCGGCGAGGUGGCUCUGAAAGGUCGCGUGAGGCGACGUGAAGUGCACAGGUCACUACGCUGCACCCAAUCAAGGACCCUCGUGAAAUGUACAAGGUGCAUGCAUAUUUUGGUGGAUUUCGUGCACAAGAGCUGAGGCAUCGGUCACUUCAGCUUCUCAGGG